CCUAACCUGUUCAGUUCUCAGCUUGUUCCAUACCUAACCUGUUCAGUUCUCAGCUUGUUCCAUACCUAACCUGUUCAGUUCUCAGCUUGUUCCAUACCUAACCUGUUCAGUUCUCAGCUUGUUCCAUACCUAACCUGUUCAGUUCUCGGCUUGUUCCAUACCUAACCUGUUCAGUUCUCGGCUUGUUCCAUACCUAACCUGUUCAGUUCUCGGCUUGUUCCAUACCUAACCUGUUCAGUUCUCAGCUUGUUCCAUACCUAACCUGUUCAGUUCUCAGCUUGUUCCAUACCUAACCUGUUCAGUUCUCGGCUUGUUCCAUACCUAACCUGUUCAGUUCUCAGCUUGUUCCAUACCUAACCUGUUCAGUUCUCGGCUUGUUCCAUACCUAACCUGUUCAGUUCUCAGCUUGUUCCAUACCUAACCUGUUCAGUUCUCAGCUUGUUCCAUACCUAACCUGUUCAGUUCUCAGCUUGUUCCAUACCUAACCUGUUCAGUUCCACAUGUUGGAGGAACUCAUCACUCCAAUCAUCCAGAGGGAAAACACCAACUACCGGGAUUGUAUCUCCGUAGGGACACGUUUGAUGGUUACGCUGCGAUUUUUGGCAACAGGGGAAAGCUUCAGGAGCCUUUCCUACCAGUUCCGAGUGGGAGUGUCAACCAUCCGGCAAUUCGUUCCUGAGACCUGUAGAGCCAUCUACGAGGUUUCAAAAGAGAAAUACCUGAAGUGCCCAGACACAGUGGAAGAGUGGCAGCAAGUAGCUGAUGGAUUCCAGGCUCAGUGGGACUUCCCAAACUGCCUAGGUGCCCUGGAUGGGAAACACAUCAACAUCCGCCCCCCUCCAAGAACUGGAUCAACAUACUACAACUACAAACAUACAUUUUCCAUUGUGCUAAUGGCACUGGUCGACAGCAACUAUAAGUUCUUGUAUGUAGAUGUAGGUUGUAAUGGGAGGAUUUCAGAUGGUGGUGUGUUUGGUGGAUGCUCACUGCAGGAUGCCUUGGAGAAUAGGACAUGCAACAUCCCUGCACCUGCACCACUUCCUGCUUCUGACCAGGCGGUUUGUUACCACAUUGUGGCAGAUGAGGCAUUUCCCCUGAAGGAGCACCUGAUGAAGCACCUGAAGGAGCACCUGAUGAAGCACCUGAAGGAGCACCUGAUGAAGCCCUAUCCGAACCGCAGGCUAGCUGUAGAGGAACGCAUCUUCAACUACAGGCUGUCGCGGGCUCGGAGGGUGGUAGAAAAUGCCUUUGGCAUCCUAGCCAACCGUUUUCGGGUCUUCCUAACCACCAGAAACAUUCAAGACAAAGUGGAGGCCAUUGUUUUGGCUGGCUGUGCUCUGCACAACUUCCUGCGCACAGAGAACUGUAGCGCAUACAUGGCGGGAGGACCAGGAAGCUGGAGACAAGACCCUGACCUACGGCAAGCCACCCUGCCACCCACCACCAAUAAUUCAGCUGGAGCCAAGCAGCACAGGGAUGAACUGUGCCAAUAUGUUAACGGUAACGGUGCAGUGCCUUUUCAGUGGGAUAAGAUAUAGUACCAUCUUUUUCUCUCAGAAAGAGGUUGUGAUGUGAUAUUAUCCUCAAGCUUUGGGAAAGUGUAUUCUUUGAAUGCAGAUUUGGGUUCUGCCCGCUCUGUUGAUAAUAGCUCAUUCUAAUGUUGUGUUAUGUGUGUCUGAAGGUACUAAAUAAAUGUUUGCAUUGCC